AUGACCUUUGGUCAUGGAGCCGACGAGGCAGAAUCAAACCGCAUGGUGGAUCUCGCUCUGGAUGCCGGGGUCAACUUUUUUGAUACAGCAAACGCUUAUGCCGAUGGCGAAUCCGAAAUCCUCCUCGGCAAAGCGCUCAAGGGCAGACGUCGCGAUGCAGUCAUCGCGACGAAGUUUUCCAACCCCAUGGGCACCGGUCCCAACGAUUCUGGGAUGUCUCGCGUCCACAUUAUGCAGGCGAUUGACGAUAGCCUUAAACGCCUCCAGAUGGAUUACGUAGACAUCUACUAUAUUCACCACGUUGAUACACAAACCCCAUUAGAGGAGAUGCUUCAAGCACUGGACGAUCUUGUCCGGCAGGGGAAGGUCCGCUAUACGGCGUGUAGCAACUACCAAGCAUGGCGGUUGUCCGAAGCGUUAUGGCUCAGUGAUACGAACAAUUGGGCACGGUUUGCAUGCUAUCAACCGCAAUAUAGUCUCGUUGUCCGGGAUAUAGAACAGGAACUCGUUCCUCUCUGCGAACUUAAAGGAUUAGGCGUAGUCGUUUGGAGUCCGUUAGCGGGUGGAUUCCUCUCUGGUAAAUAUAAACCGGGCGAACGCACACAAGGCGGAACGCGAUCCGCUGAGGGAUGGGCAUAUCCCGAACGCUAUUUCGCCGAUAACGCCGAUGACACUACGGGCACUCUUUGA